AACUGCGUGGGCCCCAUGGUUCUGCGCAUGCGCACCAGCGCCGAGCUGCGGCGGGAGGGCGGCGCGCGACCAUUGCGAGGCGCUGAUUGGCCCAGACGCGUUGUCCCCGCCCACCUGCAGCAGGUGCGGGGCGCUGAUUGGUUCUCUCGCGCAGGCCACGCCCAUCCCGGCACCGCCCCCCCCGCAGUCGGGGCGCGGCCGCCGCCCCGCACGGACGGGCUCGCUCCGCGCUCCGCCGCCGCCAUGGCCGAUUCCGCCGCGCAGUUCUCGCUCGUCUCCUCCACCUCCUCGUCCAGCUCCGUGACCUCCUCCUCCGCCUCCUCCGCGCGGGCCCCGCUCGGCGGCUGCACGGGCGGCAGUUCCAUGUCUUGCGCCGAUCCCUCCAAUUCUUCCUCCUUCUCCUCCUCUUCCUCCUCCCAGCCCGUUUCUCUCUUUGCGGCUUCACCAGGCAAGUCUGCCCCUCCCUCCCUCCUUUCCUUUCUCCUGCGCUCCCAGGAAGAAAAAUGUCUCGGGGUGGGGGAGACCCCGACCCUAAAAAAGCCCCCUGGAUUUUGGGGGGGUCCCCAGAGCCACUUUGGGGACACCCAGAGCUGUUUUGGGGUUCCCCAAGGUCGGAUUGGGGUCUGAUGUUACAUCAAGGGGGUGUUUCACCCCAAAAUAACCCCCGGAUUUUGGGGUUUUCACCUGUUUUGGGUGUUGGGGGGGGGCCAAACGCUGCUGAGCCCCCGCUGAAAUGCCAACAAAGGGUUAAACUUUCCAAAAAUAGACAUUUUUCUUUUUCUGUCUUUUCCUGCUCUUUAAAAUGG